AUUAGUCCGACAGCUUUGUACCUGUACGCGACAGGUUGGUGUGUAGAAAAUGUGAUAUUCUGGCAAUAAUUUAGAGGAAAUUUCAACUUUUUCGGGAUCUGUGUUGUUCAGGAAAUUUAUACGGACGACAUUUAUUUCACGAAAUUGGAUAACUUCAUCCAGGUGUAAAACAAAUUUCAUUUUGGGACAGUCCGUCUGCAUCCAAUAUGGCGAUUGGGCACUUCCGAUUUUAGGAUCAAACACAACGAAAUCGCUGUGAGAACUAACGGAACAUUUGGGAGAACAUUUCUGUCUUGACACCAUUAAUUUGUUUUAAUUUUAUCACUUUUAACAUCUUUUAGACACAAGACAUGUCAAAGACAACAUUCCACAGGUGAUUCUACCCCUUGGAUGUCACGUUAUUCAAAAUGGGACCCAGACGAGGCCGAUUCUGCAAAGGCUUGGAUAGUCAGAUUUCAGUGCUACAUAUACUUAUAUUUAUGUUGUGGGUGAUACAAGAACAUCUGUAUUGUGUUAAUUGUCAAGAUCAAUAUCCGCCAAAAUAUUUUACCCAUUCUCCGCAGUGUGGUAGUAUUGUACAAACAGGAGGAUUUAAACUAAUGACAUGUAGAGCAUACGCUAACCCAAGUCCAGUGUACCAAUGGAGAAAAAAUGGAUCUGAUCUUCCCGGAGAAAACAACUCACAACUCCGCAUUUCGCAAGUACAGAGAGAUGAUGCUGGCUUUUAUCAGUGUAUGGCAUACAAUGAUCUUGGAACGUUACUUUCAGAGAGCUGUGAAGUGGUGGUUGCUUAUAUGGACCCUUUCUUAACAUCUACAGACCAAGAUAUACCCAUUCAAUAUGGAAAUGCUGUCGUCUUGCAGCUCCCAAAAAUUGACUCCAUUCCUGCCCCGACAAUGGAUUGGUAUCUCGGUCAAAACCUGAUGGAUAUAAAUGGACCAAACCACUACAUCACUUUAAAGAAUAAUUUAGCUCUGUUAGAUAUAAGUGAUGUUUUAAAUGACAAUAUUUAUCAUGCAGAGGCUCUUAAUGGACAGUCUGGAGAUUCUGCACAAAGUGGACAUUUUACUCUCAAAGUACAAGCUACCAACGAUGUGGUGAAAGCCCCUACAAUGGAAGUGCCUCCAAAGGAUCUGGCUAUCGUGGCAGACUUCACAACAACAGUGGCCGCGUUCGAGUGUGUCGUCAAUGCAAGGCCAAUUGGUGGACUGCAAACAAAAUGGUACAGAAUAAAUGGUGCAACGAGAACAGAAAUUAUUGGAGAUGAUACGAAAUAUCUGUUUGAUGAUGGACGAUACCACCGCAAACUACAGAUACGAACCCCAGUAGCCUCAGAUAGGGGAGUGUACGAGUGUGAGGCAGAACUCCUGAAUUCCCCCGAUGGAAACACUUACCCUAAGCAAAGUGCUAGAGCUAAUUUAACAGUUUAUGAGAAACCUGUCAUCGACUCGGUGAUUGACAGUAUCUACAGUAAAGAUUAUGCAGAGACUGUCCAGGUUCCAUGUACAGCCACAGGAAACCCAACACCAACCAUACACUGGUACUUCAAUGGGGCAGACGUGGCAUCUCUUACCAGCAACAAACACACAGUACAAUCAGAUGGGACCAUAGUGAUCACCGCUCUGGACCUGGAGGAUUCAGGGAUGUACCAGUGCUUUGCCAAAAAUGUUGCGGGAGAAAUUGUGAAAUCUACUUGGGUUAAGGUUAACAGCUUGCCCCCUGAGCUGACUGCACCCCCACAGAAUCUGACUGUAGUGGAGGGAUCUGAUGCUCGAUUGUCCUGCAGUGCAACUGGUGCCCCAAAACCAGCAAUAUUUUGGGUGAAAGUUGUUGGUGGAGUCGCACAAUCUAUUGCCAUUGGUGGGCGUUUCCAGAUCAUGGAUGGAUCUGACCUUCUAAUAACCACAACACAAGCUUCGGACUCGGGCCAGUACAGAUGUAAUGUCACAAACAGUCGAGGCAGCUUAGAGGCAGAAGCUUAUCUGGCAGUUCUAGUGAGAACACAGAUCACUGCUCCCCCUCAAAAUGUCUCCAAAGGCAAGGGAGAGAAUGCCAUGAUGCCUUGCAGCGUAUCGCAUGAUCCACACAUACAGGUGCAGCUAAACUGGUACAAGUUUGACCGCAAUACAAACCAGAAGAAUCUGCUCAGUAACAGCAGUAGGAUCAGCAUCAGCGGAACGGGUACACUGCAGAUCAUGGGCGUGUACAACAUUGACAUUGGCUACUACCAGUGUGAGGUCAUCUCUUUGGGAGGAAACGACAGCCGCAAGGCUUAUCUCUCAGUCUUAGAGAUCCCCCACCAGCCAGUACUGCAGACGGUUGUGGUAAUGCAGUCAGACCUGAGGUCGGUGAAUCUGACAUGGCAGCCAGGCUUCGAUGGCUACACACCAAUCAUCAGAUUUAUCAUACAGUACAGACAAGUUCUCUUUGUACCUGGAGAAGGUAUAAAAGACAGUCCAGAGGAAGGAUGGGUCACCUACCCUGAGACAGCACCCUCUGACAACAACUGGUUUAUUGUAUCAGGUCUGCGCCCAGCACGUAGCUACCAGUUCCGUGUCAGUGCAAUCAACAGUAUGGGAGAGGGUGCCAAGAGUGUACCCAAACCAGUUCCACCUAUAAGCAUGCCAGAACAAGCCCCCAGUGGUCCACCUAAGGGAUUUUUUGGCAGUGCACGGUCUAACUCCUCCAUCAUGCUUCAGUGGCAGGCCCCAGAUGAGGAUAAGUGGAACGGAGAUCUCCUUGGCUAUACAAUCCGAUUCAAACUGGCUGAUUAUCCCAGUGCCUCUUACCAAAUGAGAAAUGCCACCAUUUGGCCUUUGACUUCUUAUGAGGUGACAAAUCUGAUCAUUUUCCAGGAAUAUGAAAUACAGAUAGCUGCUUUUAACAGUGAGGGAGUGGGUGUGUACACCUCGUCAAUCAGAGUGGCCACCAUGGAAGGAACACCGGACGCGCCACCGAGGGACGUAACAGCCACCACAAUUAAUUCCACAACAGUGGAGGUGACAUGGCGCCCACCGGAUGCCGCAUAUUUCAACGGUGUCAAUCUGGGAUACAAGAUUUACAUGAAAGAGUUGACAGAGCCUGAGCCCACCUUCAGACUACAAGUGGCUCCAGAUCCUAACAAUCCUGUCGGAAUACAGACUGCACAUGUACACAACCUGAACAAGUUCACAAACUAUACCUUGAAAGUAACAUGCUACACAAGUAAAGGAAAUGGUCCCUUCAGCUCACUUGUAGCUGUGAAAACUGAAGAAGAUGUUCCUGGUCCAGUUGGAAGUCUUUCAUUUGCCAACAUCUUGGACAUAUCUUUGAAAGUCAUCUGGACGCCCCCUACCGAGGUCAAUGGAAUACUCCUGGAAUAUAAACUGGAGUGGAUGAAGCGUAACUCAACAGAGUUAGGCAAGUCAAUAGACUUACAGAAGAUCUUCAAUGACUACACUAUAAGAGGCCUGUCCCCUAGCACGAAUUACACUAUACUGGUUCGAGCCAAGACCGCCAAGGGAUAUGGACCUUCCAGAUCUGCAGACAUUCAGUCUGGGGUCCCUCCAGAGCAACCGACUGCUCCAAUCAACCUUGGAGUGUCAAACAUAGAGGCGUCAUCUGUCCUGCUCCAGUUUAUACCCGGGUAUGACGGCAAGACUUCCAUCACCACAUGGAUAGUACAGGGACAGCAAAACGAAAAUACAACCUGGGGAGAAGUUUAUAGAAUCUCAAAACCCGGGGCCACUUCGCUCACUGUCCUCAACCUCCUCCCCUACGCUGAAUAUCGCCUUCGAAUGAUUGCUGUCAACAUUGUUGGCCCAAGUUUGCCCAGUGUUCCAACUCGAAAGUUCCAGACCCUACAGGCUGCACCAAGUGUUCCCCCAGACAACGUCACUGUUAGGGCUCAGAACGCUACGGCUCUCAGGAUCAGUUGGGCACCACUGUCAAAGAGUGAGUGGAAUGGAGCCCCGCGUGGCUACCAGCUGUUCUACAAGCUCAAAGAGAACCCCGUAUAUGCACAGAUUGAUCUGAAUAUGGACCGUGAUAACCAUUUUCUGAACGGUCUAGAGGAGUGGAUGGAGUAUCAAGUCAGGAUGAAGGCAUAUAAUGAUGUGGGCAGUAGUGGCUAUAGUCCCAUCACCACAGAACGUACUAGAGAAGCAACACCAACGGACAGCCCAAAGAAUGUGAACGCCAUCCCUGUCUCGUCAACCUCAGUCAAUGUUUCCUGGUCAGAUGUCCCUGCUCUUGACCAGAACGGUCUUAUCUCUGGCUACAAGGUCCAGUAUGAGUCAGCCAUCGAGAACAUUCCUCCUGUGAUGCAAGAUGUGCCGGGAAACCAAACAUACAGUGUACUGAUUCAGGGCCUACGCAAGUUUGUGUCGUACCAGAUGCAGGUCCUUGCAUACACUCGUAUGGGAGACGGAGUUCUCAGCGUGCCCAAAAAGACUGUCAAAACAAUUGAAGAUAAACCAGGCCCACCAGUGAUUGUGUGGUUUCCUCAGGUUACCUACACAACUGCAAAAGUCCUAUGGAGCCCGCCGCUUGAACCAAACGGUAUUGUUAGUGGAUACAUGGUAUCCUUUCGCAUCAAAAACCUCAACAUCAUCACUAAUAGCUCAGAGCUGCCAUCCACACAGUUUGAGUACACAGUGGCCACACUACAGCGUGAGACUUACUACCUGUUCAGUGUGACAGCCCGUACACAUCUAGGCUGGGGAACACCGGCAGAGGUUCUCGUCUACACCAUGAUCAACCGCACCAUCCCGGACCGACCUUCAUUGCCAACCAUCACAUCAGAAGUUGGACCCAGGUCAGUGGUGAUAAGCUGGCAGCCAGCAUUUGAUGGGUAUGGCCCCUUGAGAAAUUACACCAUACAGUACCGCAGUCAGAACGAAGGCUGGAGCCCAACCGCAGAGACUGUGCCCCCAGAACUCAACUCUUACAAAGUGACCGGCUUGCACCCAAACACCCAGUACUGGUUCAGAGUGGCUGCCACCAAUGAUGUUGGAAUGAGUCCAUUCAGCGAUGAGUCUUUACCAGUCAUGACUUUGGAAGCUUUACCAGAAGGAGCACCACAGAAUCCAGUUGUUGUACCUGUAACGACUGUCUCCGUCAGAGUAUCAUGGCAGCAACCUCCAAUUUUGACAUGGAACGGGGUACUGCUGGGCUAUAUCAUCCAGUAUAAACAAGUGGAUAUGAACAGUUAUGCAGAAACACAGGUGGACUAUCGCCAGCACACUGUGACCCUGGACCAGCUGACAAAAGAUGUCAACUACGAGAUCCGUAUUAUUGCCUUCAAUAGCAUGGGCAAUGGCCCACCGAGUACCCCUACCAUUGUGUAUGUAGGGGAGGCAGCUCCUGCUGCUGCUCCUAUGAAUAUUUUAGUUCAGGCGGAGAACUCCACUGAAUUGAUGGUGCACUGGCAGCCACCACCCCCAGACAAACAGAAUGGGGCCCUGUCCGGGUACAAGAUUCAGUACUGGAUGACCAUGGAUGGGCUCCCGUCUGCCGUACAGAUAAUAGUCAGGGAGAAACAGGCAUUACUUCAGAGCCUCCAGAUCUUCGCCAACUACUCGGUAACAGUACAGGCCUACAACCUGGCCGGGGAAGGACCCAAGAGUAACAUCUUCUACGGACGAACCCUGGAGGGAUUACCUGAGAUUCCUGACUACAUCUUAUUCACCAACAUCACACUGACAUCCCUUAAUGUAUCCUGGGCACCGCCCAUCCAACCCAAUGGUAUCAUCAUCGGCUACGAGUUGACCUACUCCCUGCAGCAUUCUAAUGAAGAGAGUCGCCUUGUGAAGUUGACAGUCAGUGGCUCAAGACAUUAUGUGAUCAUCGACAAAGUUGAGGAGAAUGGUACCUACUUCUUCAGUGUGAAAGCUAGAACGUCUGUGGGGUUCGGGCCGGAGCGGGUGGGCAAGGUCACCAUGGGGCCACAGCCAGGUUCCCCCGGGCGUCCAAAUCCGCCAUCUGUUGAGAUGACCGGUGAUAGCACUGUCAUACUACGUUGGCAGGGAGGUAAAAGUGGAGACUCCGAUAUCAUCGGCUAUCGUGUAGAGGCCAAAAGUACAAAGAAGCAGCUUUGGGAGACAGCACCGGUGUACCAGACAACUACAAACAUCACAGAGGCUCGCUUUUCCUUCCCCACCGUGUGUUCAAACGACGGAUGCCAGUUCAGAAUCAGAGCUUUCAACUGGAUCGGCAUCAGCCAUGCAAGCAAUCCCUCAGAGGUUAUAGCUCCACUAGCCCUCACCAAGCCGUUCCAUUACGAGUGGUGGUUUGCUGUCAUCAUGGCCUUGUCGGGACUCAUCGUCAUCCUUCUCAUCAUUUCUUGUUUAUGUCUGGUUGCUCGUAGGGGCAACAAAGACAAGAAGAAAGCUACCCCUACCGUGGCAUUGUCCACAACUAACCUUGAAUCACUGGAGCCAGAGGAUGGUGGGUUCGCAACAAUGGAGAUGAGACGGUCAAAUCGUAGAAGUAUGGCUAGCAGCAGAAAUGGCAAUGCUAGAACAGCGGGAAUAUAUGGAAGGGCCCCUCCCAGACCAAGCCCCGCAAGUGUCACAUACUCCGACUACGAUGAUGGAGCCACAGCCAAAAGUGCUCUGCCUGACGACGACGAUGAUGAUGACAUCAGCAGUGUCACCGAAAAACCGUCCAACUAUGGGGACUCUUUAUCUCCUAGCGAUGAAGAAAGUGACGACAGUGACAAGUUACCUCCCCCUCCAUCGUCUCCUCCCCCCCCUCCUUUCACAGCCAAUCCAUACGUCAACGACCUGGCACGACGGUCGUGGCGACAGAACUCGCAGGACCAGCAUCAGCAACAGCCCCAGACAAGUCAUUAUAAUGCCUAUACUUACACAGACAGUGAGGCGGAGAGUAGUCACUACGCACUCAGUCUGACAGGUGGACAGAUGAUAAUUAACAAUGCCGCAGGCUCACGAGCUCCUCUUCCAGGUUUCUCUUCAUUUGUAUGACAUCAUUGAUUCAGUGUAUUUGGAGACUCUUCAAAUCCUAAAAGACGCUUUUCAGAAUUUCCUCAAUUUCUGAUACGAGUGCGGAAUGUCCUUGAGAUCUAACAUAAGGAUAUUUUUGUUAGUGCAUAUUCGUCCUCUAGACAGAGAUAAAAAAAACACCCUGACUUUGCAUGAAACAUGCAUCUUGGUGUAAAUGCUAGGAUUUCCUUUGAAAUAGUGAGAAUACUUCUCCACUGUUCAAAGAUUGCUAUUUCAGUUACUACCAGUGUAUACCUGAUGUAUGUGUUCAUUUGGUUUUUUUCAAAGGGUUUGUGAUUACCUGAACUUUUGUGCCUUGAAUACCGGUAUUCCGACAACAAAUCAUGCAGCAACAGCAGAUAUGUUUUAUAGUUUUAUACAGAAUAUGACUACAAAAGCUAACAAUACCAAAAGGGUCAUCAAAUCAUGAUAUAUUUUUUUGUAUUCCCUCAACUGUAUCAUGCACAAUCAUUUAUAAAUGAAGUUAUGCAAGAUUUGUAUAAUUGUGAAAAUAUUGCAAGUGGAGACAGCAAUACUGAAAAUAAUACUUCCAAGAAAAAUUCAGGAUAAAUCUGUUGGAUUAGUGAGUGUGUACACAUGCAAGCUCAAAUUCUAUAUCUCUUCUCCAUGCCAAAGGCAAUACGCCAAACAAUCUCGGAGGAGUAAGCUCUGCAUCUCAGAAGUAUGUCAAAAUGUGUCUGACCUAUAUCGCAAAGAAAAGACUGAACAAGUGUUGAAACUAACUUGCUGCCAAAUGGUGAAGACUGAAUUGGCACAAAAUGGAUUAAGAAUGUUUUUUUGUGAAGGAUUUUGAUCAAGGAUAUACAAAUCUUAAUUUUUCAGUUCAGUUUCAAGAUUGGAGUAGAAAUCGAGCGUUAUGCAGUGUUGUUUUAAGAUAUGAAUUUCUUACUGCAAAGUCAGGAUGUAUGCAUUCAAAGGAAAUCCAGUCAUGGCCUACUGUGAUUAUUUUUGCACUUAUGAAUGGUGUAAGUGAAGGAUCUCUAUGUAUAAGACAGCUGUGUGCUAGACAUCUACCAGUAGGACAGUCCAGUUAGAUGUUUUGUAAGUAGUGAGUGUCAACAGGAGGGAUGAGGUGUUUCGUUACUACCAAGUGUCAAGUGGAGGGAAGAGAACAUUGGCAGUAUUCUCAAAAAGCGAAUGCAAUCGUUGAACUGAUUCCAGACAAAUCGCUUAAUAUGAUCGAUCACUCAGUCCUGAUCUCUGGAGCCCACAGUAAUACACUGUAAAAGUGAUGUUUCGUUCUGUAAAUGAUGUUGAGCACGCCAAGACAAAGUCUUGCAAUGUAAAGCUAUGUUAUGCACUUAUAAAGAACAAUGUGAAAUGUAAGGUGUUAGCGUACACUUUAGUGAUGUCAACAGGGGUGUACCAUUCAUCUAGCCCGACACCAAGGACUAGCCGUUACGUCAGGGCUGAUUAAAAUUGUAUAUGCAAAGAUAGGUAGGGCUAGUAAAAGUUUUCUAAAUCAACCUGCCAGAAUAUUUAGCAUACUUUUAUAUGAAAUUGUACAUCCCUAUGUGAUGCAGUGAAAAGUGAUGGCAAGUGCUGUAUCAUGAUGUAAUACACUGUGAUGUAUGUGAUGUGAGUGUGUAAAAAUGUGUACAGAAAAUUAUAAAAUAGAAAUAUUCCCAGGUGGCCAAAUUUUCUAAACCUGUAUAGGGUGUGUAAGAGAGUGAGAGAGGUUUAAAUGUAGCUAGCUAGACAGUUAGUGCUAGGUAACAUUACGUUGCAGACUGACUCUUGUCCACAUGUCUCCAGCUAAACCAAGUGAUAAUGGAUAAUGGUUCUUUGGAAUACUAUGAUUCUGUUUGAUCCUGAACAUUCUUAGUCUUGAUAACGGCAACCUUUCAAAAGUUGUAAAUUUGAGGCCUUUUGUAUUCAUAUCAAUAUAUGACAGUAACACAACGUUACCGAGAAUUCAUGCUGUUGAUAACGAUGUGGAAAAUUUCAGCCACUGAAGCAGAUAAUUGAAAAUGUGUUAUUGGCUGUAAAAGUCACAAACAUAUCAUAUAAUUAUAUUAUUUGAAGAACUGGUUGAAACAUGAUUUUUGUUUUGAGGAAUUGUAACUAAUAUGAAGUACAAAGCAAUAGAAGUACAGGUAUCAUGAUAUCACUUCAUUGUAUAUCUGGGUUCAUGACAUCACUAAAAACCUGCGAACAUUUUUAACAAGGUGCAAUAAUAUCCUUAUUUUAUGUAGUCACAUUAAUUCUAUUGUAACUGUGUAUUAAUUAUUUGUAUAGUGUUAUAUAUAUAAUUUGUAGAGUAUGCCUCUCUGUAAAUCGUGUUUAAUUUACCAAUAUAUAUAUAAUCUAUUUCGGAGGUAUACUAACGUAGUGACUUUUACCUCCUUCACAGAAGGGUUUCACACUAACUUUGUUAAGAAAUUUAUACAGAAUUUUUCAUGGAACAUUUGGACUGUAAACUGGUGAUGACAUUCGAAAAGUAUUACAUUACAUCAGAAUUGCAUUGGGUAAAAACGGAUAUGAAAGUCAUAAUAAUUAGAAUUGUCAGAUUGGGUAUAAUUAUUAUAAAGGAGUGCACAUCGCUGUCUCCAUUCUGAAAACCAGAUGCUUUUUGUUUGCAGAUAUGUAUAUUUGCCAACUUCCUUUCCAUGUUCCUUUAUAUAACUAAAAAUCCACUCUCCAGUUUCUAUUUGUUUUACUUUAGUUUUGUUAAAUUUUCAAUCAUUGCAAUCCAGGCACUUUCCAGUAUGGAUACUGAAGUUAAAAUUUGGAUAUUUCAAUGAUGCAAUAUAGGUAAUAAAUAAAUAUUUAUGAAAAUUAUGGAUAUGUCCGGUAGUGACAAAAACAAAAUUUUCUCAACCGACCUUUGGAAUUUGAUUGGCAUGGUUACUCAAACUUACAUACAUUCAUUAAGGUUGGCAUCUCUAAAUCUAUUCAAGCAUGUUUGUUGAUAAUAAUACUUAUUUGUGUUUAUUAAUACAAAUCAACCAUUCAACAAAAAAAUCCAUUGAUAUGUCAAGUUUUGUAUAACAUUAUCCCAAUCAUCACUGUAUAAAAAUGGUGCUUUAAUUUCUUCAUGAUGCAACAGACAUAUUGAUGCAUGCAAGUUUUGUCUGGAAUUCACUAUUUAGAUUACACAAAUUGUACCAUAUUUUUACAGUGAUAAUUGGACAAUUCAGAGGAUUUUAAAUACCAUCCCAGCUAAUUUGUUUUGACAAAAAUAGAUUGGUUAAUAACUGGAAUGAAGCCUUACAGUUGUACGUGUAUAUACUGUAUCAGGUCCUGGUAAAAAUCCAAUACAUAAUUUACUUAACCCCCAAUAAAGUUAAAGGUUAGUCACUGGUAAUGAUAGGGUCACUUUUUAUGAGUUUGUGGACAAAGCUUGUCAAAUUUUGGUUCACAAAUGUAAUGUCACCAAAAUAUGAGUUUCUCUGUCAAUAUAGUUUGACCUUUCCAGUUUUUUGUUUCAAACUUUUGCAGUCAGUACUUGAUCAUUAAAUGAAGUGGCUGUUAGUUUACUGUACUUUUGAAAAAUAACAGACUAGUUGUAUACCUUUGUGUAAUAUUCCUUGUGUAAAAAACAUCCUUAAAUUAAAUUAUAAUCUGCUCAUGUUUUUAAACGUAAAACAUUCCAUAAUCCACUAGGUUGUGAGUAUACCGUUAUAUUACUGGGCAUUGACUGGAUAGUCGGUGAAUUUAUUUAUAAAAUAAAUUUUAAACGUUUUGAUUAUCGACAAGACUUUGCAAACCAUAGAAACUUGAACAGUUAAUGUUUGAAGAGAUUCAUAUGCAGUUUUUAAUUAUGAAAUGAUGAAUUUAUUGAGGUUUACUAAAACAAAAGCGACUUCCAGCUACAGAUGAAGAUUAACAUUGUGAAGUUAUGGCAACAUAUCUAAACAUAUACAUUUUUUUAUAUUCAUAAUGUAAUUUUUUAUUAUGUUUUUAUUGUUUGGGUA